UGUUUUUGACUGGAAAUGAGUGUGUAUGGGGGGGGGGGGUUUCCUCAUACAUCUCCCCAAACUUCCUACAAAAUGUUAGGAUGACCCUCUUUUUUUAUAGAUUUCUUCAGCAGGCACAAGAGGAAGAUCCCGAAACUGUAGCUCCCUUAUGCCAAACUGUCUGGAAAGUGCUGGGAACUUCAGCAGUGCCAUGCCACAGAAAUGCAAUCACCUGUUUGUGGACUCCUCUUUGCCAGACUUGGCUGUAGGACUCAUGUUGCUGGCUGGAUCCCUGACUGUACUGUGCACCUGUCUUAUGAUGUUGGUCAAACUGUUGAACUCUGUGCUCAAAGGCCAGGUGGCCAGAGCUAUCCAGAAGGUCAUUAACACAGAUCUUCCAUCACCUUUUGGAUGGGCCACCGGUUACUUUGCCAUGCUUGUUGGUGCCGGGAUGACGUUUGUAAUGCAAAGUAGCUCUGUCUUCACGUCAGCAAUCACCCCUCUCGUAGGUCUUGGGAUGAUCAGCUUAGAACGUGCGUAUCCCCUCACUCUCGGUUCUAACAUUGGAACUACAACCACUGCUAUCCUAGCAGCCCUGGCCAGCCCAGGGGAUAAAUUGGCCAGUGCCUUGCAGAUUGCUCUCUGCCACUUCUUCUUCAACAUCUCUGGGAUUUUGCUGUGGUAUCCCCUGCCUUGUACUCGCCUCCCAAUCCGCAUGGCCAAAGCGUUAGGUGAACAGACAGCCAAGUAUCGCUGGUUUGCUGUCUUCUACCUGAUUAUCUGCUUCCUCUUGUUGCCGUCGUUGGUUUUCGGACUCUCCGUGGCAGGAUGGCAGGUGCUGGUAGGAGUGGGAUCUCCGUUCCUGAUUCUUCUAGCUUGUGUGGCUGUUAUCAACAUCAUGCAGUCACGAAGUCCAGACCGACUGCCCAGGUGGCUUCAGAGUUGGGACUUCUUGCCGUACUGGCUUCAUUCUUUGCAACCCUUGGAUGGGCUGAUGACCAGAGCCAUGGCGUGUUGCGCUGCCUAUUGUUCAGGUAGCCAAGGGGAAUGUAAAAAGAAGUCACCAGAGGUUAAGGUCAGAAAAGGCUUGCCGAAGCCUUCUGUUUUCUUCUUAGAGGAAUGGUCUCCACCACCAAGACUCUCAUCCCAGGUGAAUAUUCUGCCAACGCAGCCUGCUAGCCGCCUGUGAUUUGUGCCAGAGCACAGCUCUGUUGUGGCCUGCAGACAGUGAUGCUGAGCAGACAAGGAAUGAUAAAAGAAAAAGCAUGACAAGAAACUGCAUCAAAUAUUGGAGUUUGUGUUGAUAGCUGCCCUCCUCACCGGAACUCUGUCAUUGCCACAUGUGUAUUCCAGCCAAUAUAGAUUCAUGUCUCAUUGGGUGCAGCUUUUCAUGGGAAAUAUGGCUAUAACUGGCAUUUGGUAUUCACUGUGCAUAUCAUUUUGUUAUGAGCAUCAGUGAAGGAGUGCAUGUGGACUUACGUAUAGUGCAGGAGAGUUUAUAGUACUUAUAAUGCAGCACUCUCGAUUGCCCUUAGCAUCUGUGUAACAGGAGCUCCAUAUAUUCGGAAAUUAUUUUGUAGCAGAACUGGAGGUCUCCCCAUGUGCAACUCAUUUGCAGAAUUACUUAUAAUGGUGAUUGAAAGAUAUUUUCCUUUUAACUUGACAACAAGGCUCUUCAAAUGUCUGAUGACAACUCACAUCAUCUCAAAAUCAUUAUAUGUGCUAAUUGAAACCAGUGGGAAUUGGAAGCAAAAACCAUCUAGAGGUUGUUUGAACCUGUGGAACAUCUACUCCAUUUUAUAGUAUUGUCUUAAUAGAUUCUGGCUGUCAAAUUCUUUAUGAGCAAGUAAGUGAUAGAAAUUGGUACAAUGGUGCUUUCUUAAAUAAUUCUAAUAAUAAUAAUAAUUUUGGAAUCCCUAAGCAAUCAGUUGCUACAUUUACUCUGCUUAUAUUUCUGCUUGGUAGUUAUAGAUCACUUCAGUUUGGGUUCCAGAAAAAUUCUAGAAAUAGAAAUGGGGAGACAUUUGUUUCUGUAGCUUUUACUAUAUAUUGUAUUUUUCCGACUAUAAGAUGCACACACACCCCAAAAGUGGGUGGAAACGUCUCUGUGUCUUAUAGAGUGAAUACAGGCCUGUUUUUGGCCUCCUGA